UGGGAAAGUCAGUUGUUAUGCGCGGGGGUGGGGCAGCUGCUGCUCAACCAAAGUCUUCUCCGAUUGAAACGGAGAGAAGCAAAUAGAAAGUGACCGCUUCUCUGACUCUUCAUCCUCAGAUAUUUCUUCAUCCCUAAAAAAACCCAUUUCCCAAUUUCCAAGAAAAUCUGUUUUUUCUCUUUUCAUUGUCUUGCUUUAAUGGCGUUUCUAUAUCAAAUUUUAGAAACCCAUUUUCUCUUCCCACGAAAUAGGAAUAAAAAUAGCGACAAUGGUGGGAUUGGUUGCGAUGUGGCCGUGUAAGGAACGUGUGUGCUUUUCAACCUUCAUUAUUUCUACUAUUCUUUUUUAAUUUUUUUUUCCUAACAAUCAUCAAUUCAUAACCAACAUAUUCAACUUUCCUCCACCGUCCCUCUUUCAAUUAUGAAACCAGAAUAUCUCAAGCAUUGACCCCCAACUUCUCUCUCUUUGUUUUCUUCUUCGUACAUUUUGCGAGAAAUUUUGCCUUGUUUUGUGCAAUUUAUUCAACCCCUUUGAAGAUUGGGGAACCAUUGUUCCAACCCAUCUCUCCAAAGAUAUGAAUUGACAGUGAUUUGAAAAAAAAAAAAAAAACAACUUACCGUGGGAAGAGAUGUGUUGCGCUGUAAUUCUCAUGUCUGGUGAUGGAAAUUUGGCUGCCGUUGUGCCCUAACGUUAUUUCAUGGAUGGAUUUAGGAGUAACGACAACAAACAAAGCGUUGAAAGGCAUUCCCGCGCCGAGAUGGGGUCAUUAGGCGAGAAAACCAUACUGGAAUUUGAAGAUGAGAGCCUUGUUAGUCCUGUAUCGUUAAAUAGAAAGAAUUUUUCAAUUGAGGGAUCUAUCCAUAGUUCUUCAUUGGGUGGUGGUUCGCAGAAACUUUGUUCCAACAUGAAGAACAGGGUAUUUGGCAGCAUUAAGAUUGUCGUCUUCUCUGCUAAAAUUAAUCUUCUCAUGCCUUUUGGGCCUUUAGCAAUAAUAGUCAGCAAUUUAUCUGGUCAUCAUGGUUGGGUCUUCCUUUUAAGCUUGUUGGGGAUCGUACCUCUUGCGGAGCGUUUGGGCUAUGCAACUGAACAGCUGGCAUGCUAUACUGGAGCCACAGUUGGAGGUCUUCUGAAUGCUACUUUUGGAAAUGCCACAGAAUUGAUAAUAUCAAUAUAUGCAUUGCGAAGAGGAAUGAUACGUGUUGUUCAACAGUCAUUAUUAGGUUCGAUUUUGUCUAAUAUGUUAUUAGUACUUGGAUGUGCCUUCUUUGCUGGUGGAGUUGUGGUUUCUAAGAGAGAGCAGGUCUUCAGUAAGGCAGCUGCUACAGUGAAUUCCGGAUUGCUGUUAAUGGCGGUAAUGGGACUUUUAUUUCCUGCUGUUCUUCGUUCCACACAUACAGAGUUGCACUCUGGAAAGUCAGAGUUGGCUCUUUCAAGAUUUAGUAGCUGCAUUAUGUUGGUGGCAUAUGCUGCCUAUCUUGUUUUUCAGCUGAAAAGUGAUAAGAACUUAUAUCUCCCGGUCAAUGAGGCGGAUAAUGAAGAGAAUUCUGAUGAUGAUGAAGAAGCUCCUGAGAUUAACAUGUGGGAAUCCAUUAUUUGGCUGUCUAUCUUGACCAUUUGGAUCUCCGUCCUCUCUGAAUACUUGGUUAAUGCAAUUGGGGGGGCAUCGGUUGCGAUGAACAUACCGGUAGCAUUCAUUAGUGUUAUUCUACUACCUAUUGUUGGGAAUGCUGCAGAGCAUGCUGGUGCCAUCAUGUUUGCCAUGAAAGACAAGCUUGACAUUUCUUUGGGAGUCGCAAUAGGAUCAUCGACACAGAUAUCUAUGUUCGGGAUUCCUUUUUGUGUGGUCAUUGGUUGGAUCAUGGGAUGUCCUAUGGACUUGAAUUUUCAACUUUUUGAAACUGCCACGCUUUUCAUCACGGUCAUUGUCGUGGCCUUCAUGUUGCAGGAUGGAACUUCUAAUUACCUCAAAGGACUUAUGCUUAUUCUCUGCUACCUGAUAGUGGCUGCAAGUUUCUUUGUACAUAUUGAUCCAGCAUCAGUUGGAGACAAGACCCAAAAACCUGGUGUAUGAAAGGCAAGGGACGACUCGAAGUAGUGAAUCUGCCUGCACUAGAACUCUCCUGAAGAUGGGAACGACGGAAGCUCGAGGUUCACUCCAUUGCUGUAUAGUUCUGAACGCAGGCUACUACCAUGUUCAGAAAUCAUUUUUCCAUGUUUUGUGACAACCAAUGGCAAUAGAUGUUUUCCUUGAUUCUUCUAGUCGUUGGUGCUGAUCUUGUUUUAUCAUUGCAAGCUUUGGCAAAUACUCAGAACUUAGCAACUAGGAAUGCUAGAUAUCGAGCGUAAGGGGGGAAAAAAAGUGCCAUAUUGAUUUAUUUUUCUUAGGGGAAUUUGUUAUUUACCUUUUUCUUUCUUUUAAUUUUAAUAUUCAUGGGUUACAUUCACUUGAAAACUAGUCUAAGGGUAUGAAUGAUGAAACAAGAGUUAGAAUGUAACAGAAUAUCUUGUUAAUAUUUUGAACUUUGAUGUUAAUAUUACAAUUAUUUUGUUUUUGAUAGGGA